AAAAAAAAAAUCACAAAAGCCACUUCCAAAACAAUACACACCACUAACACAUUUUAAAAGAAACUUAUGUAGAGUUCGAGUGCAGUUUCUUAAUGUCUUGGGUUGAACCCAGAAAAAACUUCAAUAAAUUACUGUGACUACACGCUAUCGUAACGCCAAUGGCUAUGUACAAAAUUGACUUGUGAAAUAUAGCAGAAAUCGCACUGAUCCCUUAAAAAUGUGUUAUUAUAAAUGCACUGAUCGAUUUAACAAAUUAUAUAUCAAUCAAUCAAUCAAUAUUGAAAUGAUGGUUAUUUGUUUACAAAAAUUUUGCGAUCAGGUUUGUUGUUGCAAUAUAUGAGCAGGCAAAGAAGUACGGGUUAAAUGAAGUCAGUAGCCUCAUCUUAAAUUUGGCAUGAACUUCAAACAGGUAGGUUACAGAUGUCAUUGCGAGGACUUUUUUUUUGUUAACUACAUACGCAUGAAUAAAGCCGUAUUUAAUAUUGUGAUUUAGCUCAUCUAACGCUCUGAAAACCGAUUUUUGAGCUUCCAGGAUAAUUUCGCCAAACUUUGUCGGAAAUACUGCCGUAGGCUUGACUUUUUUUAAUACGACUGCGAACAACAUUUAUUUUUGAGAGACAAUCAAGCGACAUGUUUUGUAAGAACGGCUUUUGUGGCCCUUUGUCUGUCAAAAUACAAUUUUCAAAAGGUCGUCACAAAAAUCGCAAUCAGUUUGGGGAGGGGAACCUUACCUUGCGCCUUGCCCCAGAAAUAUGAAGCUUUGCGUGCGGUUUCACUUUCCCCGUAUUAACCUCACCCCUGCUGUAUAUGCACCCACCAUUAUGAACGUUUACCAAAUCCUCAGUAGCGAAAAUCCUCAUUAAGCAAAAAAACUAUUUACGUCCUCAUGAACUGCUUACCUCAAAUGUACUUUACUUUUAGGUUAGGAAGGAGGACAUUUUAAUAUAUACACUCAGAGGAAACAAAUUCACAAUCCUUUCAAGCAAUCAUUUGCAGGUGGGUACUCAGUCCUUACUCACAAAAAAAAAAAAAUUUCAAACAAUGGCAACCCAACUAAUAAAUUAAGCUAUUAAACCUAAUGUUAUUUUGACAAUACUCAAACUUGGGAGACGCUGUUCUCUUGUUUAGAGGGCCAGUUCUCUCCACGAGGAAGAGAACUUUAAAAAUCAUAAGAUCGCUUUAGUUCUAAUCAAUAUUUUAGUUCCUAUGUUUAAAACGGGAAAGUGAAGAAUGUUAAGUAAAAUAUUUCGUGUAAUACUAUUAAAUAUCAUAUGCUAUUCUUCGGUUGUGACACAACAAAAAAAUUCGAUCUUUUCAUUAUACAAGCAAGAUGAAGCCAUACGUCAAGCUAAGAGUCAAGAGAUAUGCAAGUAUCUAAAUAUUAACGUGAAUCCUUGUGACGAUUUCUAUGAGUACGCUUGCAGCAACUGGCAAAAGUAUCACGGAAAAUCCCGUCAGAAUGAAACAAUUACACCUGACACUAUUCUAAAAGAGAAGAUUGAUAAAGAUCUCCAAAAUAUCUUAAAAGAAAAUCUAACUGUUAAAGAUAGUACGGCUGGACGUAAAGUGAAAAAUUUCUACAAAUCAUGUUUAGAAGCGAAGCAUAACGACAUCAAUCAUCAGGAAUUCAUAAGUGAUUUCAUUAAAAGCAAUGGCGGCUUUCCGGCAGUUCCCGGAUCCAAUUGGUUGGUCCGUCAUCAUAAUUAUGAUUGGCACAAGUGGUUGGCUUAUUACGAUAUCGUUACGGUAUGGAUAUACUUCGGCUUGGAUAUCGAUGUAAAUUAUGAAAAUGUUUAUGAAAAUAGUAUUUAUUUAACGGAACCUAAGACACUUUUACCCGCGAAAUUAUGUAACGCUAACUUUAGCCGCUAUUUAGACACAAGCGAUCCGGCAUAUCAAGCCACUGAAAUUGAGGUAGAGGGAAAUUUAAGGUUAUGGUUGUCACUAACGAAAAAUGAAGCUCAGCGAUUAUCAGCCGAUAUAGUAGAUUUUGAAUAUGAACUGUGUAAAAGUAUGGGCAUUGAGAAAAUCGAAAAUCGUACUAGUAACCAUAGAAAUCUUGAAGCGCAACGACAAUAUUCACGUGAAACUCUUGUGAAAUUUAGUAACCUAUUGAACAACAGCAUUGAUUUUAAUCGAAUAGUUUCCGAGAGUUAUGGAGUUCCCAUCUACAAACCGGUAUUUAUGCAUGCUCCCGAAUAUUAUGAACAAUUAAGCAAGGUCUUGAAGAGACACAGCUCUGCUACUAUAGCUAAUUAUAUUAUGUAUCGAGCAUUAUCUGAAUUAAACUUUCCGCUUAACGAUAACGCCGAGAACCGACCAUUCUACUGCGUACAAGUGAUGAAACGUUAUUUCCCCAAAAUUCUGGGUGAAAUGUACUAUCGUGCACAUGCUAACGUAAUGGAGAAAGAAGAAGUGGAGACCUUAUAUGAGAAACUUAAAAAUAGUUUUGAUCUUAGUUUAGAGCAAGAAUGGAUUGAAGACAGUACUCGACGUUUAGGUAAAAGUAAAUUAUCGAAACUGAACAUUUAUUUUCCGACUUAUGACAAGGUGCCCAGUUUGCCUAACGAAUUCGUUAGCAACAAUUUUUGGCAUAAUUUAAAAAUUGCCAUGAGCGAGGUGAAAGACUAUCAAUUAAAUCGUAUAUUUGAAAUUGGAACACCUUCACCUAAGGAUGAACUGGAAUCAUAUGAAAUCAGAACCGUAUAUAGGCCUUAUCAUAAACGUAUAGAGAUUGGUUGGGGUCUGCUUCAGCUGCCGCACUAUCAUCAUCAUUUGCCUAAUGCGAUGCGCUUCGCCACAAUCGGACAAAAAUUGGCUGAAGCUUUAAUCAGCGCUUUCGAUGAACGCGGCUGGACGUCUGACUACGCCGGUUAUAAUAAUUGGGAUAUGGAUACUGCUGCCAGAUUUUCUGAACGAUCUACUUGUUAUCGUCAACAAAUUGGUAACUAUUUGCAGAACGACUUGAACAGCUUUAAUGAUACUAAAAAGCUAAGAGAAUUACUUGGAAAAAGUUCUGCAGUUAGAAUUGCUUUCAACUCAUACUUGAAUUGGUUACAUUAUAAAAAUCCUAAUAAUGAUCAUUCGAUUCUUAGAAAGGAGACCUUACCUGAAUUGAAUUUCACCAACACGCAAUUGUUUUUUAUAACUUUUGCUCAAAUGCAUUGUAAAUCAAAGCGAAAAUCGACGGAAAAUAAGACGAAAAAAUCCGACAUCGAUCGCAUAUUAAGCCCAUUACAAAGACAUUCGUUGGAGCGUUAUGAAGUUAAUGGGCCAUUAAAAAAUUUCGAAGAGUUUUCUCGGGAAUUUAAAUGUCCGAACGGCAGUGAAAUGAACGAAGCCGAUAAAUGUGUUAUUUAUUAAGUUAUUUUAAGUAGAAUAAAUGUGUGGAGUAAAAAAACACAAGAGAAAAAAAGGUCUUCUAGUAUAUCACCAUAGCAUUAUAAACGAUUUUCAUAGUGGACUUCUAUAAAAGUAAAAAUAAAUGAAUGCAUUAACUGGGUGUUAAAGGAAACCAGGCUUUCCGAUCAAUAUAAUGCACUUGCCUCGGGGGGAUGGGAACCAUGAGCAGAGCGGACGGUAAAAUAUUUCCUAGCUGUUAAAAAUAAAGGUUAGGCACCUUUUUGUGAUACAAAACCCCACUUUUUGCGAAGAGUUUUGAAGGCAUGCGCGAUGUGACCCAAAGUUACUCAAGUAAGUUAAUAUGUCAAGUAGUAAAAAUUAGAUUCUGUUGCUAUACGAGGAUUUAUUUUUUAUGAGGACUUUU